AUGGAAUGCAUUAGCUCUAACAUCAAGGAGUGUGCAGUCACACUGCGCGGUGCAUGGGAGUGCCCAUUGAAAGAGACGGAGAUGAUUGAAGAUGCGAGCGUCCUUCUACUCAUCCCAGGUAAAUCAAAUGACAACAUGGUGCAAAAGGGUUGUAGCUGUGACACCAUGGAUUGCGAAAUGCGACUCGUAGGCAAGAGGCGACGACCUGAACGGGACGUGGAUGUACGGGAGCAGUUGAAACUGCGUACAAUUUGA